GGCAACAAACCAAACUCUUACUGUCCGGAAGAAGUACAGUCAGCAAGUCGGCUGUUUUUUUUUUUCUUUUUACCUAAAGAUUUGUCUUUUCGUUUAGCGUUUCAGCACAGAGUUGCGUGUUAAAACUGCAGCGCUGCGCGUUAGUACUAUCUGUAGCGGCUCGGAGCGGAAGCAGUGUGGAUUCGUCUGCUCGUCGUGACUUGUGAUCUGCUGUGGUUGGUUUUGUUUUAAAACAUUAUCCUGGAUGACAUGAAGCAUUAGGAGUUUGAGGACACACCAGGACUAGUCCCAUCCUAAUACUUCUGCAGGAUUUGAAGUAGAAAUCGCUUCCUUUCCUGUGAGAACACCUACAGGAUGUGUGACACACAGUUUCAGAUGGAUUUGGAGGACACAAAAGAGGGCAUCCUUUUACAGCCCCUCCCAGAACCACUUCUCAUAAUCCUGUCUCCGCCUCCACCUUACCUCCCAGCCCCAGGUAAAGUCAACAUGCUCUGGACAAAAUGGCUUAAAUGUUUUGAACGCUACACACAAGCUCUUGGCGAGAAGGAGCUGUCUGACUCAAGCAAGCUGGUGCUUUUACAGAACUCCCUCGGUCUAGAGGGCGAGCGCGUCUUCACGUCUCUGAUCCACGCCGAAACUACAUAUGCAGCUGCCGUUUCCGUGCUGACCGAUUACUUCAACUCUGACCAGAGCUCUCAGGUGUACCGGCUUAAGUUCCGCCAAAGGGCUCAGAUGCCUGGAGAAACUGUAGGUGAGUUUGUGUCCGCUCUGGAGGAGCUGCUGAAGCCUUGUGACUGUGGAAACCUAAAGGAAGCCCUUGUACUUGAGCAGCUGAUUGAGAAAACAAACAGUGUGCAGCUCAGAGAGAGGCUGCUGCAGGAGAGAGAGAGUCUGACCCUGUCCUCAGCACUGGCUAUUGGUAAAGAACUGGAAACAGCGUCGUGCGACUCUCAUUUUCAUCAGGUCAGCGUGGACAUUGGAGAUGAUUUGGGGCCACCUGUUCAAGUUAAGCGCAAAAGAGGUCGGCCUCGUCGCGGGGAGGAAAAAAAUAAAAAGCAGCCUCGUGUUACUAAAAUCCUAAUCAAACCACCUAGACUCCAAGAUGAAUACUACUACAGCAAGGAUAGGCUCUAUUAUAGUGAUGAUGAUGAGGGUAAAUCACAGCCUGCAGCUGAGGAUAAUCUGGAUGAAGCGUGGGAUUAUGAAGACGCCUCAUUGCCAUCAGACACCGUGAAAGGGGACGUUGGCAGCACAGACAGCGAUUUUGAUCCAGAAGAAGUCAGCGGUGGCGACGAAGACUUUGACCUUUCUUCGAUGAAACGAAAACCCAUUUACUGUCCUGUGUGUGUCAACAGAACCUUCAAAACUCAAGACAGGCUCAUCAGACACAUGAGGACUCACACUAAAGAAAAGCCCUUUACUUGCCCGGUCUGUGACCUAGCGUUCAGCCAGUCCUACCACAUGACCCGACACAUGAGGAACCAGCACUCGGCGGGCCAGUACGUCUGCCCUAUUUGUGGGGAGACCCUCGAGAGCUUUGAUGAGCUGCAUAAGCACAGGAAGAUGCACAAGCACCAAGAACUGUUUUGUCCAGAGUGUUUUGAAAGGUUCACCACUAACGAUGAGCUUCGCGAUCAUGUCAGGUCACACCGAAACAACCCAACGGUUUCAACAGAAGUUCAGAAGACUCAAGCCGAGAGAGAUGAAAUGAAUGACACAGCAACAGAUGUGGCUCCAGCUGCCCCUUCUGAUUCUGGGGACAAAUGUGAAGAUGAGAAGAAGGGGAAGAAGAAGAAGAAGAAGAACACAACAGCCUUGGUGUCUAAAACAAAAAGACAUUAUUGUCCCAUUUGUGUUGACAAGUGUUUCAGAGGCCAAAACAAACUGGAUCGGCACAUGAGGACUCACACAAAGGAGAAACCCUUCACCUGUUCGAUUUGUUCGAAGACCUUCAGCCAAUCCUACCACAUGACCCGACAUGUGAGGAACCAGCACACAGGGGGCCAUUACAUUUGCCCGACCUGUGGGGAGAGCCUCAAAGGCUUUGCUGAGUUAAAGAAACACGAAGAGACGCACACGACGCAAUUUCUGUUCUGUUUACAUUGUAAAGAAAAAUUCACCAACAUCGAGGACCUUUCUAGUCACAUUGAGUCACACACGAAUGCGUCAUCUCCUCAGUCAGAGGGUCAAAAUGAUCAGCAAGCUGGUGGACUUGAAGUGAAGUUUGAAGAAACGCCUCAUGAAAAGGCAGAUUGUUGUGAUGCUGAUUCUAACGACAAAGAAUCCGACAACCAGGUCUCGACUGAAGACUCCAACUCUGAUGAGGCUGAAACCAGGAAAGAUGGUUGUAAAACGAAGGAAAAGGCCUCACCAACCAAAGCAAAACGACAUUUUUGUCCCAUUUGUGUUGGCAAGAGCUUCAAUGGUCCAACCAAACUGGCUCGACACAUGAGGACCCACACAAAGGAGAAACCCUUCACCUGUCCAGUGUGCUCCAAGACCUUCAGCCAGUCCUACCACAUGACCCGACACGUGAGGGUCCAGCAUGACCUCGGACAGCACGUCUGCCCUGUAUGUGGGAAGAGUUUUAGCACCUGGGUGGCUCUGAAAUCUCACAAAAAGGCCCAUGCUGUGGAAGGUCUGACGUGUCUGGCCUGUGACAAACAGUUCAAAGAGAAGGAAGCACUUGAAAAGCAUCUCAAGCUGCAUCGCAAGGUUGAGGUCGGUCCUCGAAGCCUUAAGUGCAGCGAAUGCAACAAAGAGUUCAAUCGCAUGUAUCAUUUGAAAAGACACUUAAUGAGCCAUCGCAGAGCUGCCAAUGCUGAUUGUUACACCUGCCCUGACUGCCAUAAGAACUUCUUCUUCCCAGAGGACCUCAACAAACACCUUGAGAUUCACGCAAAGGAAAAUAGCGGGACUUGUCCAAAAUGCGAUGCAACCUUCUCAACCGCAGAGGACCUGGAGAGCCACAUGGAAGUUCAUCGAAAAACAUACAACUGCAGCACCUGUGGGAAGAAGUUCAAGGUGGAGUAUGCUCUAAAGAAGCACGAGCAAAGCCACCAGAACGAGCAGUAUUACUGUUCGUUCUGCUGCAAAUACUUCCACAAGCUUUCUCUGUAUAAGAGACACGUAGAGGUCCACAACAGGCGGGAAACUAAGUGUCCCCACUGCGACAACAUCUUUCUGAAGUUAACAGCUUUGAAAUAUCAUUUGCGGACUCACACCGUGGAAAGGCCUUACCAGUGCAGCUGCUGUAUAGAAUCCUUUGUGGAGCAGGAAGAUCUAGAGAAACACUGCUUAAAGCACAAGAAGUUCAAGUUGGAGAGACCCUACUCGUGCACUCGCUGUGACAACGCUUUCUCCACGCUGCUGGAGCUGACUGAGCACAUGAGCUCACACGAGGGAGAGCAGCCGCAGACCUGCCCCAUUUGCGGUAAAACGUUCUUAAACAAGAACAAGCUGGAGCGCCACUUGACCAUCCACAGCGGGGAGAGGCCUCACCUCUGCUCCGUCUGCGGGAACGGCUUCGCCUCGGCCGCCAGUCUCAAGCUGCACAUCCACAUCCACACUGGGGAGAAGCCCUUCCAGUGCCCACAGUGCAGUAAACGCUUUAGGUCCAAUAGUGGGCUGCGACUGCACAGCAGACAGCACAUGGACGAGCCUCCCAGCUACGACUGUCCCCAGUGUGGAAGGAGCUACGGCCGCAUGACGGAGCUGAAGAUGCACCAGCGUUACCACACGGGAGACAAGCCGUACGCGUGCACCUGCUGCAGCAAGCGCUUUAUUAGCAAAGACAAGCUGAACGUUCACAUGAGGACGCACACGGGCGAGAGGCCGUUUUCCUGUCCUCACUGUGGACAGACAUUCACACAGACGGGGGACAGAAACAGACACAUCAGUAAAAACCAUCCAUUAGAAAAUACCACUAAUGAUGACAUAUAACUACAGUUGUGUCUUUGUACUGGGCGUACUGGUGGUGCUGCAUGCUUGUAAUGAUUAUCAGCUUUUAGAUGAUAGUUACACUUGUGGACUUUUUGUUUUGUUUUGACGUCUAACCAAAUUGAAUGCAUGAUCUCGCCAUACUUAAAUCAUUUAAUCCAUGGUUAUUUUUUAUAGGUGAAGGGCGUAGAGGUUCUCUUACAUUUUGCUUUAGAUGAAUAGUGAACGAGUUCAAAUGUUGUGGGCUUAAACUUGCUGCUGAUGAGAAGCAGCCACUGUUGUACUGGAAACAAAGCAUCACAACAUUUUUCUGUGUUUUUAGCAUUUACACAUUUGUUUUUACGUUCUUAUUUGUAAAACCUGAUUCUGAUUAAGUCAUUAGAUCACCCAGAAAAUCACAAACACAAAAGCGGCUUAAGCUGGUUUUAUUGAUCUGUGGUGCUCAUCCGUAUUGAUCCUGUACUUGUUGUUUUCUUCUCAAGCUUUGUGUCUGAUUGACUCAUCCUGCUAACUAGAUACACGAUCGUGUGAACCGAUUUAGCUUUAGAGUCAUUAUUAUAACACUACUUUAGUUUUCUUCAGCAUUUUCAUAAUUUUGUGGGACCUCUGAUCUAAAGUGUAUUGUGGUCUUAAAAAUUAUUCUAUGAAAAUAAAAAUUAUUUACUCUACGAA